CCCCUCAGAGCCGGGGCGGCGGCGGCAGCGGCGAAGAUGGCGGCGGCGGACGGCGACGAUUCGCUUUACCCGAUCGCGGUGCUCAUCGACGAGCUGCGCAACGAGGACGUGCAGCCGCCCCUGGAGAGCCUGGCCACGGUGGAGGAGACGGUGGUGCGGGACAAGGCGGUGGAGUCGCUGCGGGCUGUGUCCCACGAGCACUCGUACUUCCGGAACCUGUGCUCGGACGACACGCCCAUGGUGCGGCGCGCGGCCGCCUCCAAGCUGGGCGAGUUCGCCAAGGUGCUGGAGCUGGAGCACGUCAAGAGCGAGAUCAUCCCCAUGUUCUCCAACCUGGCCUCCGACGAGCAGGACUCGGUGCGGCUGCUGGCGGUGGAGGCGUGCGUGAGCAUCGCGCAGCUGCUGCCGCAGGAGGAGCUGGAGGGGCUGGUGAUGCCCACGCUGCGCCAGGCGGCCGAGGACAAGAGCUGGAGGGUGCGCUACAUGGUGGCCGACAAGUUCACUGAGCUGCAGCGCGCCGUGGGCCCCGAGAUCACCAAGACCGACCUGGUGGGCGCCUUCCAGAGCCUGAUGAAGGACUGCGAGGCCGAGGUGCGCGCCGCCGCCUCCCACAAGGUCAAAGGUCAGCGCGGGCCGCCGGGGCGGGGCCGGGGCUAG